UACGCUGGAAUGGGAGUACAAACACAUCUUGUGUCUUAUGUACAGAGCCACUGGAAACGGUUGAGCACUUGUUUUUUGAGUGUUCUUACUCAACGCAGAUUUGGGGAGUUUUGAUGAAGGGAUUAUUGAGAGAUAAGUUUACAGUGAGUUGGGAAGGAUUGAUGAGGAUUAUGAGAGAUACAAGAAGGAAGAGGAUGCAUUUGUUUCUUAUCAAGUACAUGUUUCAAGCAACCGUGUACAUGAUCUGGAGAGAACGUAAUAGAAGAAGGCAUGGAGAAGCUGAAGCUCCAGCAGGGCUUUUGAUAAAACUGCUUGAUAAGAAUAUGAGAAACAGGCUCACUCUAGUGCAAAGGGGAGGGGAUAAAGAGAUUGGAGAAGGAAUGCAACAUUGGUUCAAUACAAGAUAGAAGUUUGAUGCAAUUUAAAAUAGGAGUUUCAUUUAAAAGUUUGCUUUCAUUAUAGGAAAAGUAUACAACUCUUGUAACAAGGUUUUUUUCUUUUGAAUUAAAUUUAACAUUCAAUUCAAAAAAAAAAAGAAGUAGGGAGCUCUCUAACCAUAUAUUAUACACAAUAAAUUUAGAAUGUUUUAGAUAAUUUCAGAUACAAAACUGCCAUCAGAAAAAGCAAAAGAAUGUAUUAAAAAAAUUUAAUGAAGGUAAAUCAGCUGAUUAGAAAAGCCACUUAAAGGCCUAAUUGUUAAAAAUGUACAAGUCCAAGCCAGAGCUUUGUAUUAGAUAGGGUCCAUAUAUAACAAAUGUGAUAGCUUAACAAUGAUAAUAAGAGUCGUCCAAAAAAUAAAGAUAUCUGGACAUAAAAAUACGGACGACGUUAAAAGUAGUCAUACAAGUUUAAUGCAAGCGCGGCAUGGGAAUUGCGGCCCCCACGUUUACAGCGAAUAGAUUCAGUUUGAUUUUCAAGAUAGUAAAAAUAUUCUCAUGUUGUAGUCAGCGUCAUGUGUGAUGUGUUUGUUUGAACACUGACGCAAGCAGUGACGGUGCAGUUAGUUCGAGUUGCUUUCAUGACUUGGGGGGAUUUUACAUUUCAUGUCUAUUAAGAGAAUAAAUACUCAUAUUAACAUCUUCUAAAACCCCUCUUUACUCUCUUUUCUUUGAACUGAUCCCCUCUUUACUUAGUACUAGUAUUUUAUUUUUACUGUUACAUUUACAUGAAAUCUUUAAGUACGUAUAGUUUCACACAAAAUGAUUUUUUCUACAUUGUAUAAUGUAUACAGUUACUAUAUAGGAUUCUGAGAUUUUUCUUAGCUUGCAUUUAAUCACCCACCUGCAAGUUGCAACAUUUUAUAUUAACCUGUGAUUUGAAUAUCUGACAUGUGAUUUCUAUAAUUAUUAGAUCAAAUCGUUAACAUUUUUUAUUUUCCCUGGUCUUAUUAGGAGUAGUCAGCAUUCAAAUUUACUUUUUCGGCACAUAAACAUUAACUUCUAUGAGGCCCGGAGGUAUGUGGUUCAAUGGACCAGCUACUCAAAGGAUGCACAAGAAUGAUCAAUCUUCCUCCAACUGGACAAACUUCGCCCUUAUACCCGUGGAUUUUAUGGGUUUUGUGGACAAGUAGGAAUCAGUUCAUGUUCGAAGAUAAGUCUUUUUCCGAAUCAGAGAUGAUAUGUAAGGCGCUUAAGCUGGCAAAGGAAUGGCAGUCAGCCCAACCUCAGCACAAAGUAAACUCUGUUUCGCCCAAAGACUGUCAACCACCGAACCAGUACCCACGACCCCUGCAGGUACCUCAAACCGCUAUCCUCAUCUAUUCAGAUGCGGCCUGGAAUAGCACUACCUGUGACAGCGGUCUGGGAUGGGUUGCCACGGACAAAAGGGGAGCUGUUAUGUUCCAAGGAUCAUCAUCUCGCCGCUAUGCUGCAUCAGUCUUGGUGGCUGAAGCACUGGCUCUAAAAUCAGGCCUACAGCAGGCCGUUUCAUUGGGGUACAAGGACGCAGUUUGUUUAUCAGACUCUCGCUGUCUAGUUGGCCUCCUCACGGAAAAUGUUUCUGUGAUCUCAAUCCAGGGACUGCUCCAUGACAUAUGCGUGUUGAGCAAGUCCCUAAACUCUAUCUCCUUUAAGUUUAUCUCUAGAGAUUUUAACUCGGCUGCUGAUAGUAGUGCGAAAAAUGCUCUGUUUGUGCUUUCUAACUCAGGCUGUGGGAUGGGAAACUCUGUAGUCGGCUAAUGUUUUUUAAAAUUUUAAUGAAGUAUGGUUUAAACAAAAAAAAAAAAAAAAGCUAUGAUUAACUUUUAUUUUAUAAUUAUUGGACUAUCAUGACAUGUGUUCCUUACUACGGAAGACAAUAUAGACGGACGAAUGAUUAUAAUCAAUCACUACUUGUAUAAUAUCAGUCAAUGCUUGAACAUAGA